UUACGCUUUGAAAGACUUUUCAUGAUGUCAGGACUACAAAACAUCGAUCAUUCAGAGACUCUGUUUUCAUUUGAGCUUCUGGUGGAAAAUAUCCGACUCGACAAAGUGAGUGAAGUGUCCGACGAGCUGGCUGUUGGAGUGAGACUGCUGGAUUUCCCGACGCUGCUUAUUUAUCAGCCUGAACAGAUGAGAGGAGGGAAACCUCGACAGCAAGAAGGAGCUCAUCGCUUCAACAGAGGGAAGUGUUGUUUCUUCAAAAUGAACCUGAGCUCUCUGCACACACACCUGGCCAGCACUCCUCUCUACGCCAUGGUGCUGGACGUGAAGGAGGAGAUCCCCAAACUAGUCGGGACCUCUCUCAUCCCCCUGAAUAAAGUGAUGAGGAGGGUCAGACAGGACGUGACCCAACACGGGGUCUCUGCUCCCUCGUCUCAUGGCGAGCGGGGGCUCGUUGGUGUUUGCAACCUCAGAGGGGAGAAGAUUGGAUCCGUUUCUCUGAGUUACAAACUGCAAAGUCUUGGUGGUAGUUUGCUGCCGAAUGCAGCUCAGAGGAGGGGGGUUAAAAGCAACAUUGCACGCCGAGGAGAAGAAGAGCAACACAGCAACGCGGAGAAUAAACCUGCAGAGUCGCUGCCUCUCGACUCUGAGCGUGCCUCAUCACCUAAAGAGGACGAGGACGAUUUGAGCAGAAACAACGAAGCAUCAGAUAAGGACAAACUCUUGCAAAAUGAGUAUAAUAAACAGGACAAAAGUGUGUGUGACAAGCAUACUGGAGAAAAUGCAGGAAGCCAAACUCCCCGGACAGUUAAAGAAAACAGUUUUGAAGAAGACUUAACCUUGUUUUGUCCACCGCAUCUCUUCUACUGCAAUACUGCCGAGGAAAGAAGCAAAAAGGUAGGAGGCGAUUGCACCUUUCUGGAUCCAAACUCACAGAGUUUUACAUGUGAAGACUCCGAGGACGAAAAUAAGAGCGAAGGUGAAAGUUCUCCUACGGUGGCCCAGAGAGGAAAACAAGAUGCAAAGACGUCAGAGAACAAAGGGACCGGUGGCGUGACUCCUAACGUCCUCGGGGAAGCGAUACAGCAGUUGCCUCUGUUGAACGCUCUUCUAGUCGAGCUGUCGCAGCUGAACGGACCGAGUCCUCAGCAGCCCCUCUCUAUUCACCCUAAUCUGUCCUGGAUUUACAGACCUGCGUCUACAGAGCCUUCGCACAGGAACACACAACCAUUUCAGGAAACCAGGCAGGGGAUCAGUCCAAAUUCAAAGCUUCUACAUUCCCCCAGAAACUGCUCGACACCUUUAGACGGACGAGCAUCUCUAAGAGGGAAAGACAAGCGAGAGGAGAGUAAAAGUUACAGCACGUCUCCGAGGAAGAAGCUUGUGUUCGGUACGACUAAAACGUUUAAUCUGCGGCUGAAGCAGAUAUCUCCUUCGAGGGUGAAAACCCGGGAAUGUGUGGGAUUAAUACAGAAUAAAACACAGUCACCUACGGCUAAGGAAAAGAGAAAGACAAAGUCGAGCGCAAGGAAAUCUGAGUCAAAGCCGAGCACCGGUCUGAAUGAAAAUAUAGAGACAAUGAUUCAGAACCUCCCGGAGGAUUCUUCACGACAACAGACCAUCACAAUGAAAGAGAAAGGCCGGCAUGAGAGGGUGCAGAGGAAACGAGACGCACACUCUCCAAGAAAUGCAGAAAAAGCUUCCCUUCCUGAAAAGGACUCCAGGUUAGUUCACAUCCCCGGUGUGGAGGGUGACAUUUCCCCCCCAAAGGAAGACGAGAGCGAGCAUCACAGUGAAUCACAUCAGUCACACUCUGACACACUCAGAGGGAACUCUGCAUCUUCAGGAAGCCGCCGACACAGCAGCUCUAAAUCUUCAUUUUCAGACUCUGCAGGGGAAGGAAACGACGACGAGUACGCUGACGACUUUAACAGCCUCGAGCCGAGCGAUGCUUUCUCUCCUGACCCCCUGAGCAGCCCCGAGCCCUCCAGAUCCAGAACGCCAAAGUCCCCCGUCCGCCCCAUUUCUGACUCCGGCUCUGAGGGUCUCUACAGGAGAGCGGCCCUCCCCGUACCUGUCAAAGCCCCCAGCUCUCCUCCACAGCGCGCUCUGAGGGGGACGCACAUCAUCCGACCCCGAACCCACGCCUCGGCCAUCAGCUUCUCCUCUGAUGAUGAUGAUGACGCUGACGGAGACACGUCGGCGUCCUUACAGACGAUCCUCUCCAGAAAACAGAUGACGGACAGCAGCGGAGGGGGGAGGAGCUCCGGCGCUGACAGUUUAAUAUCAUGGAGAGGUCAAAGGAGCGAGUCGACCAGGAGCAGCAGAGCAGCUCGAGGAGGAUUUUCGGCAGAAUCAGUUUCCUCCUGUGACCCGCAAGAGGCUGAGGAGGUGGAGGAUGAGCUCGGGACCCUGGACUUCAGGAAGGAGUAUCAGCACAUCUCUGAGCUGGUGGCCAACAAACUCCCCGGUUACACCAUGUGAGGGAAAAACUGUUUCACAUUUAGGUUGUCAGAAAUGUUGAUACUCCACAUGUUUCAGAACGAUUCAUCCUCCAUUGUUCUUAUAAAUGAUGGUAUCAAAAAGUACUGAAGCUUUCAAAACAAACAAUCAUCUAUUUAAUCAGACCGGUGCAUUGGAGGGGAACGAAUCCAUCAAAAAAAAAGCACAAAACCUCCUGCACACUGUCCUAAUUGUUCAAAUAUGUUGGCAACAUUUCAGUAUCUAAAUAUUGCCGAUGUAUUUGUGAAAUUUAGACAGAGUGCAGGAGGUUGCCUGCAAGUCCAGGGUGCACGAGAUCACCACCGCCUGGACCCUGAACAGGAAGGAGGUG